UAGGGUUUGUAUCAGCCUAAACCUUUCAACCCGAUCUGAUAUCAGCCUAAAAAUACUUUUCCACCCAUCUCAUAUCAGCCUCCAUCUCUCAACCCGAUCUUAACCCUCUCCCUCCAUCUCCAAUCGAUCACAACCCUCACCCUCCAUCUCCAAUCGAUCUCAACCCUCACCCUCCAUCUCUCUGAUCUCAAGCUAGCCCUCACCCUCCACUUCCAAACCUUUCAUCUCGGACCUCUUAACCGUUCAAAUCUUCAGUUCAUUCGCAGAGAAGGAGAGAGAGAGCGAUUGGUUUGGUAACGAAGAGAAAGAGAGGGAAGCUAAGAGAGAUCAUUUCGGCAAUUUCUGGAGGGAUUACUGAUCUAUCUUUUCAUGCUGUUGGCUACACAUGGCAGCUUAUUAAUUGCUUCUUAACUGCAUCAUAUUCUGUACUUGGAUCACAACCAGUUGACAGGGAGAAUUGACGUAGACUUCUAGAAACACCCUUUCUUGAAAGAAUUUUGUUAGACGCAGGAAUGGGUAAGAAACGCCGAUUGCCAGUUGUAGAAGUCGGCGAAGGACCCUCGAGUUCACGACAGAGAGGGGAGGAGCUGCAAGCCGCCCAUACUAGUGAUGCUGGGUCACAACCCACAGGAAAGGAGAGGGACCAUCCAUUGACAAUUGUGCAAGUUGGCCAAGGUUCAUCACGCUCACGAGACAUCAUGCAGGAGGAGUUAAGGGCCGCCUAUGAUGCUGAGCACGCAAGAUGGGAGGAAGGAGAUGAUUAUGAUGAUGAUGAGACACAGCCGCCUUCUGCAGACGAUUUGGUCCAAGAAACCGCACCAUCCAAUGAUGGGCGUGCAGAAGAUUCAGUUCGGGAAUCCCCAAUAUCCAAUAAUAUAAAUAAAAAACGUGGAAUAACGCUAAUGCAGCGUAUAUGGGCUCUUCCACCGAACAAGAAACUUGUAUGUGGGUUAAAUGGGAGCAAGCAACUGGUUGGGGAAAGCGGGCAAACAUUCAAAAGGUGGUUGGGCACCUUAUGCAUUUGCCGCAACUAUUGCCCACUUAUGCCUGCUACUUGGACGCAUGUCGACCGUAAAUGCAAAGAAGACGCUUGGGUAGAGAUAGAGAAAAAAUGGAUCAUUGACCCAGAGAUUAUUAGCCCAGCUAAUCAAAUGAACUGGGCAAUGCACUUAUUAGGAGAGUUGAGAAGGAACCGAAGAAGUAAGUUAAAAAAAAAAUGCUACCCAAAAGAUGCGUUAAAAGAAGAUGUUUAUAAAAACAAACCAUCUUGGGCUGACGAGCAGGACUACCGCGCACUAGUUGACUAUUGGUUUGAUUCUAAAACGAAGGUUGCGCUAUUUUCUUGCUCUAUACCGAGUACAGUGUUUUAACUGAUUUGUUUGUUUUAAUUUGUUGGCGGGAAUGUGUAAAGGAAUUAGUGGAUACGAACAAGAGAAGUCGUUCAUUUCAGACGGAUAUAGCGAGGACAGGGCCUAUAAGUUUUGCACAAACUGCUGACAAUAUGGUAA